AUGAGUUCCAUAACUGUAGAUUUAUCGCAAGACAGCGAUGAUUUGGAAGACUUGCCAGACGUAUUUCUUCCAAGUCAAAGUAGCAGUCAAUCAUCCGAUGUGUGUUCAUCAACUUCUAAAAUUUGUUUACAAAGUUCAAAACCUUUACUAAAUUCUGAUAAUGAACAAAUAAAGUCGAAGAAAAAGAAAGUAGAUGAUAACAAUGCAGCUAAACAAACCCAAAAAAUUUAUAAGCCAGGAGAAUGUAUGAAGUAUAUGAUGGUAGAAAUGCAUCCAGCACUUAUAGAAUCAUGGUACUGUGCUGAUGUGCAGCGAGAGGUGACAGCAAGAGGGGCCAAAAUUAACAAGAACUCAUCCCUUUGUGAUACUAGAUUAGUGCUAUGGAGCAGAUUGCUUGUACCUACAUUUACUAGUAAUAAUGGAAUGGUAGGUCUAACCCAAACCAAGCAGCCCUGUGAGCAUGGUCUCUACAUUGCAAAUAUAGAGGAAAUAGAAGAACAGUUGAAGACUCGUACACUUUCACAGCAUAUGGUACAAGCAGCAAGUCUCGCUGGCUGUCCACUGACAUUGGUGUUGUAUGCUGUUAAGGAUUAUUUUAAACGAUCAGGACGCAAGACAAACAGACAUAUCCCAAAAAUAGAACCCAUUGAUCUGGAAAUGGCUUUAACAGAUCUCUUAGUGACCGCCAAAUGUGAUACAAUUAAGACCAACACACCAAACGAGUUGGCUUUAACCAUUGCACAGUUUACAAAGGCGAUAGCUGAAGCACCAUAUAAGAACGCAAAGAAAGCCUAUGACGAACAAGCGGAAUUUUAUAUGAGAGGGGAAAAUAAAAAAUGUGUAACUGUUGCUAAAAAUGGUGAUGGUGUGGGUAUGUUGUGGCAACAAAUGAUUGCUGUAUUGCCACAUUCAAGCCUUGAAACAUCAAGGGCUGUUUGUGCGAAAUACAAAACUCUAAAAUCUCUGUACCAGGCGCUUCAGGAGCCCAAUAGUGUUAGCAAUGUGGCCGAUAUAGGUGUGACUCGCUCAGCUGCGCCAGGUUCCAAGUCAAGGCGGCUUGGCAAUGAAUUUGCACGGAAACUACACAUUUUGUUUACCGCUGAGGAUGGUUAUACUCCAGUCGAAUGA